UCUAGACGACACAGCCAAGUCCUGACAUACCGACAUUCAGCUGGUCACGAACGUUCUCGCAAAACCUUCACGCGGCGGCAACAGCAGCACCUUCACCAUCUCACGAUUACCGCGAGAGCAAAAGGACAACAAACGAGUCAGACAUCGGGGUAGAGGGCUGGACGUGAGCGAGUGCCGUCAGCUCACGCCGGUAGAACACCCGAACGCUCAGCUUUAAUUUUGACGUAGCGCUCGAUCAAUCGGACAAGGGUUGGAAUGCUCGCCUUCCAGGAAGAUGCCGAGGCGAACGCACGCAAUAGCAAGGAUUCCGCACCCGUCACGGUGGAUUCCAGCGAAGAUCUUGCGGUCGACAUAUCAGAUGCGCUCUCCGAACGAGACAAGGUCAAGUUCACCGUGCACACCCGCUACACGUCUGGAGAGCAUUCGGUCGUUCGUGAGCACGAAGAAUUCAUCUGGCUUCACACUGUGAUCGAAGAGCACCCUCCCUAUGCAGGUUAUAUUAUUCCUCCACCGCCACCUAGACCCGACUUCGAUGCCUCGCGUGAGAAACUUCAAAAGCUCGGGGAGGGUGAAGGAACGAUGACCAAGGAUGAAUUCGCCAAGAUGAAGGCCGAGCUUGAGGCCGAGUAUCUGGCUACAUUCAAGAAAACGGUCGCCAUGCACGAGAUGUUCCUUCAGCGCUUAGCGAGUCACCGAAUCUUCAAAAAUGAUCCCAAUUUCAAGAUUUUCCUCACUUACAAAGACGAUCUCAGCGUACGAGGGCGGAACAAGAAGGAAAUGUUCCAGAAGUUCUUUACAAAGCUCAACCAAUCUGCGGACGAUUUCAUGUCGCCUUCGGUCGAACGGAGCGAUUCGUUUGAUCCUCAGAAACAUUUCCUCAUCAGUUAUCAGUCUCACGUUGAGAACGCUUACCAGAAAGCUGACAAGAUGACUCAGGCGCACAAACGGCUAGCCGACAACUAUAUUCGGAUCUCCACGCAAUUCCUCGAGCUUUCGAAGAUGGAAUCCCAGCUGCGCAAAUACAUUCCAAAGUUCUCGGACGGUCUCGAGAAGGCCCGCAAAUGCGAAAGCCGUGCUUGUUCCGACAUGGACUUGAAGCUCACUGAUAUCUUGAAAUACUAUCACAACGAAACGAAAGCAGCUCGUGAUCUGAUGCAGCGAAGACAGAGGUGUCUCCUAGACUACGAGAACGCCAACAAGCAAUUGGAGAAAGCACGUCUCCGUGAGCGUGAAGUCUCGUCGGCUGAAGAAUGCCAGCGAGAAGCUUCAUCAAGAUACGAAGACAUUACGAGCACCAUGGAGAAAGAAUUGCUAGGUUUCAGAAGUAGACGCAUUUCGAACUACAAGAAGAGUCUCAUCGAACUCGCCGAGUUGCAGGUGAAGCACAAUAAGAGCGCUCUUCAAGUUCUCCGGAACUGUUUGCUAUCCCUCAAAUCGGAAAUGAUCCAGGACGAGCUGUAGGUGGGAGCUCAUUCGUCGAGAAUAAAUAUUUCCAGUCUGAA